UUAUAUUUGCUUCGAUGCAAAUCUUUAAUAUCCAUCAUCGCAUCCGGUUUGUGUGUCGUCUAAUGGAAAUCACUUUCAUUCUAAGUGUUUAGGGGACGUUGGUAAAUGUUUAAAUGCCGAGGAGGACUACGUUUAACGGAGAGCAUGAGUCAAAAUUUAUCUUGGAUAGUCUCAGCAAUAAAAAGACAAACGAACGACCAUUAAACAAUAUAUAUAUAUAUAUACAUUAAAUUUGACGCAUGUAUUUGUGUGCAUGCACAUAAACCGCGUGACGGAUGAUGGAAAUUUACUUUAUUAGCAUUGAUUGUACACCGCCCUCGUACGAAUUACGUGAGAAACUAUUGCGUUUAUUAUUGGAUCCGCAAUACGAUGACAAUGUCAAUGAAAUAACUACACGACGUAGCAUGUUAACAUCUGAAGCAAAGUCUAAAGUUCCAGUUAAGUAUUAUAAGCGUCGUCUAGAUUUAUUAGAUAUUUUCGAAACGACAACUAAAGCGAAGGAGUUAACUACACCAGCAAUGGAUUUUAGCAAAAGUCAACCGUUUGAUGGCGGUUUAUUGAAGGGAAUGUUAAGUUUCAUGAACAAUAUAAUGAGACGUUAAAUAUAUUACA